CCACUUGUUCUCUCUAGAGAGAGAGAGAGAGAGAGGGAGGGAGGGGGAGUGAGAAUUGUAAAUGAAGUGUCCUCCAGUUUCUUCGUCUUCGAAGGGGACCAGGCCUUCGUUUUGUGGACUAUUUACUGACCAUGAUAGAAUCAAGGUCCUCUGCAAUGGCGGUAGGGUGUCCUUUACUCUGUAUUCAGAGAACGUUGGGUCAAGAUUUGAAGGGCGCCCAUUUUUCAGUCACAGUAAAAAGCUGAGAUUUUGUGGGUACGGGAGAGUUCAUUCUCAUGGUUCAGAGUGGAGGCAUUUUGCUUCAGAAGAAGCCAUGGGAGAAGAAGACAUCGAUGAUGGGCCGGUUCCUGAUGAGUUGUCUUGUUUCAGGGGUUUGGUCUUAGACAUCUCUUACAGGCCUAUCAAUGUCGUUGGCUGGCAGCGUGCCAUCUGUCUGGAAUUCAUGGAUAAGGCUGAUGUAUUGGAAUAUUAUGAUCAGACUGUCUCUUCGCCCAGUGGAUCAUAUUACAUACCAGCUGUCCUGAGGGUUCCACAUUUAUUGCAGGUUGUCAAGAAAAGAAGAGUCAAGCACACCCUUAGUCGGAAAAAUAUAUUUUACAGAGACUCCUUUGCUUGUCAGUAUUGCUCUUCUACUGAGAACUUAACCAUUGACCAUGUUUUGCCAAUUUCACGGGGUGGUGAAUGGGAAUGGGAAAAUUUGGUCACGGCAUGUUCAAAGUGCAAUUCAAAAAAAGGUCAGAAAACUUUAGAGGAAGCAAAAAUGAAGCUGAUAAAGAUUCCUAAGGUCUCUGUCAUAUAUUCAUCACCAUCCUAACCUCAUGAAUUGCAGUGGCACCAAAAGACUUUGAAAUACAUGCUGUUCCUCUUACAACUUCAGCCAUUAAAAUGUUGAGGAUGAGGAAAGGGAUGCCAAAUGAGUGGAGGCAAUACUUAUCCAUGCCGGCUUCGGAUACAUGACCAACCAUACUACAUAUAUCUCAAAUACUGUAUUGUCUCAUGGAUCCUGUAUAUUUACAAACUUUUAUAAUGGUUCAGGUGAUAUUCAUCGAGCACCUAUAUGAGUUCACAUGCACGAGGAAAAUGUUAUUAUUUGUCGUGAAAGAAAAUUUAUUUUCCCUUU